UUUUAUUUUUCUCUUACAUGGUUAAUUGGUAUGAAAAGUUAAAAGGAAUUUUGAUUCUCAGAGGAAAUGAAAAGAACAAAAUCGUUACAAAUCUGGCUGAAGAUUUCUUCAAUGUACUACUGAUUGUAUAUGACAGCAGACCUGAAGGUAAAAUGGAAAUGCUAGAAAACUUUGUUUUGAGAACAUGUACCAUCAUAACUGAUGUAAGAAUUAAUAUUUAUGUCCAACAAGAGGUAGUAAGAAAACUUAAUUUAAUGCUUGACAGCAUGCCUCGAGAUGCCAGGAAAAAGAUAUUUUCUACAGAGGAGAUGUUGCUUGUCAUGAGUGACAUGGGUAGGAGAAUUUUGGAUGCUGGAGACUAUGACCUGCAAGUAGCCAUCACAGAAGCUUUGUGCAGAAUGAUACCAGAGAAACAAAGAAGAGAACUGGCAUGCCAAUGGUUUUCCAUGGAGUUUGUGUCCAAUGCAUUUAAAGGAAUUAAAGAUUCAGAGUUUGAAACAGAUUGCAGAAAAUUUCUUAACCAGGUGAAUGGCAUGCUUGGAGAUAAAAGAAGCUACAGCUCCCGUUGGAUGAAAAUCUUGAAGAAUUUUGGAUUGAUUUCAAUGUUGGCAGUAGAAGUGUAUCUUUCUACGUGGCAGCAGAUAAUGCAGAUCAGCAAUGGGAAACAGUCAUCAUACCAGAGGAAGAGGUAGACCUAUACAACCUUGAAGAGAAAGAUUCAAAGAAAUUAUUAACAAUAGAUUUAAAAAGCCCAAUGAAUGUGGGAAAUCAAGAAGGAG